CGGAGAAACCCAACGUUAAAGGGAUAUGCAUUAAAGCUGUAGCAAAUAAGAAAGUAAAUAAACCAAUUGAAACCCUAAUUUCACUUCAAAAAUUGUUCCCGGUUGUUAAAGCUAGGGACUUUUGCUUUGUCCAUAUAAAUAUAUGUAGAGAGUACAACAACACCUUCAUAUGCUCUAACACUCACUUCAUCAAUUCUCUUUAUUCGUUUCCAUUUAACAUCCUCAGAAGAAGAUGAAUAGGCCGGGAGAUUGGAACUGCAGAUCGUGUAGCCACCUCAACUUCCAAUGGAGGGAUUCAUGCCAACGUUGUAGAGAGCCUAGACCGGGCGGCAUCAGUACUGACUUACUCGGCAGUUUUGGUGGCCGUCCGGUUAGUAGCUCCUUCGGUUUCAACACCGGGCCCGACGUGAGACCCGGUGAUUGGUAUUGCAACGUUGGGAGUUGCGGGACACAUAAUUUUGCCAAUAGGUCCAGUUGUUUCAAGUGUGGUGCCGCCAAAGAUGAGUUUUCAAGUUCAAGUGCUGCUGCAACAACCGGGUUUAUAGACAUGAAUGUUGGUCCAAGACGUGGCCUUUUUGGUUUUGGCAGCAGCAGUGGUGGCAGCGGCACAGGCCGUUCUCCUUGGAAAUCUGGAGAUUGGAUUUGCCCAAGGUCAGGCUGCAACGAACAUAACUUCGCAAGCAGGUCAGAGUGUUUCAGGUGUAACGCACCAAAACCUGCCACUGAACCACCCUAUUAGUCCAACAAUAAUUGAAGCAUUAGAGAAGAGAAAACUGAUGAAGAACCGGAACAAGAUACCGACCCUUUAUGUCAUGAUUUUUUUUUCCCUUUAGAUUUGACACGUUUCAUAUCUUGUAGGACCUUUGUUUGGUUUAUGUUCGAAUGUAAGCAAGACAAAAAAAUUCUGAUGUCAUUCCAUCUCCUAGCUAGUAUGUACGUUUGUUUUAAUGUAUUCUUAUUUAUGACAAGGUUGUUGCCUUCUGAUUCCGCAA